GGCGGUCCUCCGCGGCGGCAGGGGGCGCUGGGUGGCGGAGCGCAGCGGUGCGAUGGCGGCGGUGCGGGCCGCGCUGCUGGCGCCGCUGCUGGCGCUGUGCCGGGCAGGGCCGGGGCCCGCGCCCGCCGCCCGCGUCGAGGUGGCGGUGACCGGGCCGGGGCCGGCGCCGGGGGAUGGCUCCGGCAGCGCGGCCGCGGGGCCCGGCGGCUCCUACACGCUGCGCGGUGCCGUGCUGGGCGCGGGGGGCGGCCGGGCCGGGCCGCGGGACGAGGAGGAGCAGGAGGAGAUCCGCGGCCGGCUGCUGCUGGUGGGGGACGCGGAGCCCGAGCUGGGUGCUGCCGGCAGCUGGAUCGGGGUAGUGCCGGUGGGCGAGGAGCCGGCAGAGCUGCCCCGCGGCGCCCGCGAGGAGUCCUUCACCACCACCGUCGUCAGCAAGAUGAAGCGAGCCCUGGUGCUGGGGGCAUCAGCCCUGCUCAUCCUGGCGCUGAACCAGAACGCCAUCCGGGAGCUGGAUGUUUCCCAGCUUCUUGCCAAGCCUGUGAUCGUGAUCCAGUCCUCGGACAACGUCACCAAGCUGCUGGGAGCGCUGCUGCGGGGGCUCCGGGCGACAGCCAAGAUCACGUACCAGGCAGUGCUGCUGGAGAACCUGGGAGUGACCCUCACCCUGUGGUCAACCUGCGGCCUCUCCCGAGGGGGCCUCUAUGGGGAGUGGCAGGGGGUCAUCUGCACCGGGGAGAACAGCUCGCAGGUCCAGAAGUACCUGCAGCAGCUCUGGAACACCAUCCUGCUCAUCGCUCUGCUCCUCUGCACUGGUGUGAUCGUGCAGGCCCAGCGGCAGUCGCGGCAGGACCCGUCGGAGCAGGAUGCUGAGCUGGACCUGAAGCAGCUCAUCCGCCGGCGGCUCUCGGCGCUGAAGACGCGGCGCUACCACCCCGGCAAAGCGCUGCGGAGCCGCGCCUGUGAGAUCGAUAGUUGUGCCGUGUGCUUGGACCAGUUCCACAAGAGCCAGUGGCUGCGGGUGCUGCCGUGCUGCCACGAGUUCCACCGGGACUGCGUGGACCCCUGGCUCCUCCUGCAGCAGACCUGCCCCCUCUGCAAGCGCAACAUCCUGGGUGAGAGCCCUGCACCACCACGGGGGUGAGGGCUGGGGGGGAACCAGAGCCCCCCACCCUGCAAGGCUCCCUGUGCCGUCCCCUCCAAUCUCCUGCCUCGCAGGGAACUGCUGCCCGGAGAGCUAGCUGGCCUGCUGGCCGUGCUGCAGGGACGGACCCAUGGGUGCUCCGGGGAAGGGCAGGGGGUGCUCGGGCAGCAGCACUCGCUGCCAGCACGGGCUCAGCGCCCAUCACACAGCGAAGGAGGAUCUUGGGGGGCUCUCCUGGAUGAGCACGAGUAGAGGGGUGGGGGGGGUCCAGUGCGGGGAGGGUUGGGGAGUGGGUACUGGCAAGGGAAUAGGGGCACCCAUAGGUGCAGCGGGGUGGGGGAUGCAGAGGCUGGGCUGUGCUCCCCCUGCUCAUGGUCACUUUUAUAGGUCUCUUUGUUUUCUGUUCAUGGGUGGCUGCGGUGGGGUGGGCAGAGCCCAGCUGUGGGGUGGCCCCUGCACGGUGGGGUGCUGGGUGCCAGCUCUGCGGGGUGCCAGCUCUGCUGGGGGCCUCCCCACCGAGGGCAGGGCCAACACUUUAUUUAUACUAACUUAUUAGAAGGGGUGGCACGAGCUGGCUGCGGGGACCCAACGUGGGGCCUGCGUCACCGCAGCCGGGGAUGCCGCUGGGGCUCGCUGGGCUCUAUUAAACAGGAAGUGAGGACAGGC